AUGCUGCCGGAUCCUGAAGAAAUUGCCCAAUUACCAAAGGAUAACGAAGUUAAAUCAAUGGAAGUGGCUUCUCGGUCUUCAUCUCGGACGCGAACUUCAACAGGUGGCUCUACACCUGUUCCUGCUUCUCCAACCACAAAACCACGAUUAUGGCCAACCGAUAUCCCCAAGGGCUAUACUGCUUCAUCUGCCCAAGCAACAUCUUCUUGGAGCGCCAGUUCGGACCAGCAGCUUGGUAGCCCAUCAUCUACUACCAACGAUCGGGUCUUUCCAAUUAGAAGUGUCGUCAGUGUCGAUCCCACCCAGACCCCAGCCUCAUUUUCAGCUAGGAAUUCGGCCUCGGGUGAAAUGAAUGACUAUUUCCCACGCCCCCCAAGUGUAGCAAGCAAAGACGGAGGUGGGAGGGGUUCGAAAUAUUCAGAUUCGGAUGGAAAGAUAACUCCUCGCCCAAGAGGUCAGACGGAGUCGAAUGCUGACCCCAGGAGAGCAGAUCGCAAGUCGUCUACCUCUACAACUCGUAGUGAGUUCCGAGGCAGUCGCUUGCAACAGUUCCUCGACAAUACAUCUGAUAGAUCUGUUGACACGCGCGAUUCCAGCGCAAAACAAUCAUCGGUUGGAAAUAUGUCUGGGAACAUGUCUGUAUCCGAUGACGGUGGACUUGGAGGGUUAGUAACGGCCAGGUUUAAGCACAUCGUGACUGCAGAAGGACAUGCCAUUAUUACCGGUCGUGAUGGAGAGGUUCUGCAGAAAUGCGAGGAUGAACCCAUUCACAUUCCUGGAGCCAUACAAGGCUUUGGCUUACUGAUUGCGUUAUCAGAGCAUGAGGAUAAUCAACUUUUGGUUCGUCUUGUUAGUGAAAACUCCCAACGCAUGAUUGGAUAUACGCCUCAGGAGCUUUUUCGACUGGAUAGCUUUCUAGAUAUCCUGGGCGAGGACCAACAGGAAAAUCUACUUGAUCAUAUUGAUUUUAUUCGCGAUGAAGAGGCGGAUCCUGCUUCAAAUGGCCCAGAAGUUUUUACAAUCUCGAUUCGCCACCCAAGAACUCAUAGAUCUAAAAAGCUUUGGGUAGCUAUGCACAUAAACCCUGACAACCCAGAAAUGAUCAUUUGCGAGUUUGAACUCGAUGAUGACCAAGUCUACCCUCUCGUUCCAGAACAGGAAAAAACACCCGAGCCUCCCGAGGAUACACUCAACAGCAAUCCAACAAAGGAGGAAUUCGAUGAGAGUACGGUCAAUACAAGCAAACCACUUCGAGUCUUGAGAAACGCGCGAAAGCGCAAAGGCGAAGCCGCUGCUAUGGAGGUCUUUAAUAUCAUGUCCCAGGUGCAAGAGCAACUUGCCACUGCGCCGAACUUGGAACUUUUCCUGAAGACUCUUGUAGGUGUGGUCAAAGAGUUGACAGGUUUCCAUCGUGUCAUGAUAUACCAGUUCGAUGCUUCAUAUAAUGGUCGAGUAGUUACUGAGCUUGUUGACCCUCGAGCAACUAAAGAUCUCUACAAAGGACUGAAUUUUCCGGCAUCCGACAUUCCUAAGCAAGCUCGAGAAUUAUAUAAAAUCAACAAAGUUCGCCUUCUUUAUGAUAGGGAUUUAGAAACUGCACGACUUGUCUGCCGCGGUGUCGAGGAGCUUGAAAACCCUCUUGAUUUAUCAUAUGCUUAUCUUCGAGCCAUGUCACCUAUACACAUUAAAUACCUGACGAACAUGGCAGUUCGAUCCUCAAUGUCUAUUUCGAUCAAUGCGUUUGGCGAGUUAUGGGGCUUGAUUGCUUGUCAUACUUAUGGUCCGAAAGGAAUGCGAGUCUCCUUUCCUAUUCGAAAGAUGUGCCGACUGGUAGGUGAUACUGCGUCAAGGAAUAUUGAAAGAUUGUCAUAUGCUUCACGACUUCAAGCUCGCAAGCUCAUCAAUACAGUUCCAACACAAGCCAACCCUUCUGGUUACAUAAUAGCAUCCUCUGACGACCUUCUGAAGUUAUUCGAUGCUGAUUUUGGCCUCCUUUCAAUCAAAGGAGAGACUAAGAUAUUGGGCAAGAUUAAUCAAUCUCACGAGGCACUUGCUAUGCUGGAAUAUAUGCGAAUGCGUAAAAUAAAAUCCGUUGUCACCUCUCAGGACAUCAAGCAAGACUUUCCGGAUCUUCGAUAUCCCCCAGGAUUCAACGUCAUUGCGGGAUUGCUUUUGGUACCAUUAAACUCGGAGGGCGAAGACUUUAUCGUAUUCUUCCGUGCUGGACAAAUCAGGAACGUCAAAUGGGCAGGCAAUCCGUACGAAAAAUUUAUCAAAGAAGGCACUGAGGGCUAUCUGGAGCCGAGAAAAAGUUUCAAGACGUGGAAUGAGACUGUGGUUGGAAAAUGCCGUGAAUGGACAGAGGAACAAGUGGAAACUGCUGCUGUGCUCUGUCUAGUUUAUGGAAAGUUCAUUGAGGUUUGGCGUCAAAAAGAAGCUGCAUUACAAAGCAGUCAGCUUACGCGACUGUUGCUGGCCAAUUCGGCUCAUGAAGUCAGAACUCCUUUGAACGCAAUCAUUAACUACCUGGAGAUUGCGCUCGAGGGCGCAUUAGACCAAGAAACAAGAGAGAACCUGGCCAAAUCACACUCUGCCUCCAAGUCACUAAUUUAUGUCAUCAACGACUUACUAGACUUGACGAAAACUGAAGAAGGCAUGGAUCUGGUCAAGGAUGAGAUUUUUGACCUCCCGGCUGCUAUAAGAGAGGCAACCGACUUGUUCAAGGGCGAUAUGAAGCGGAAGGGCAUUGAAUAUACCGUGGUCGAGCAUCCUGGUGUUCCACAAUUUGUGCAUGGAGACCAAAGGCGUGUUAGGCAAGCAGUUGCUAAUAUUACGGCAAACGCUGUGCAACACACAUCGAGUGGUUUUGUUCGUGUUGAAAUCUGGUUGCAAGAAAUCAUUGAUAAUAGAGUCAAUAUUGAAAUCAUUGUUGAAGACAGUGGCGCCGGUAUGUCGAAUCAAAAACUUGAUACGAUUUUUCGAGAUCUCGAACAAGUUGAUGGCGAUCCUUCGUUUGAAGAUGAAGGCAAUGAGAAAGCUCUCAUUGAUGGUAAUCGCACUAUAGGUCUUGGCCUGGCAAUGGUAGCUAGAAUUGUCAGGAAUAUGGACGGCCAGCUACGUUUGAAGUCAGAAGUUGGAAAGGGUUCACGAUUUGUCAUCCAGCUACCCUUCUUCCUUCCUGACGAUGAUUCACAAAAUUCCGGGAAUCAAGAGAAGGCUGCUUUCUUAAGUUCAUCAUCUGUAUCACCACCGCUCGCGACGCCACCUCCUGCAGGUACCCCUGGCGAGGUCACCCUUGUCAAGUCAUCAGGACAUCUCAAACAAUCAACCCCCGAUCCUUCUUCGCUUGCUCGCAAGCACAGUAUAGAAGAGAUUGCAAGUUUGCACAGCUACAAAAGUAAUAACAGUAGUAAAGCUAGCGGAAGGAGUGAUGUGGAUCGAUUCAUUGAUGCUAUCUCUGGCCCGGUUGGUAAUACACAGGGAGAACCUUUGCAGCGUGUUAAUAGCAGAGACCGACACAGUUCAAAUAGUAUGCCUGAAACUACAUUUACUUCGAGAUCAGGUCAAUCCCCAAAGUUGAAACGUUCGGCCUCGUACACCACGCAUGAACGUCUCAAAUUGGAAGAGUCAAGAAGCGUGGGGAGCGGAACUGUUGCUGGCAGCAAAACACCAGUGAGAGCCGUCAGGAUGCCAGACGAAUUUGCGGAAAGCGCGAACGACACAAAUGCUCCUCCAGUUGCCGCGAAGGUGCAAUUCAAUCUUCACAUCCCAUCAACAUCUUCACAAGGGGGAUCACACGAAGACGCGCCGCAUGAAGCAUCACCCAAAAUAGAGUCAAAACCUUUAAAUACAGAGAAUUUGAAGGUUUUGGUCGCCGAGGAUGAUCCCGUUAAUAGUCGUAUAAUCAAUAAGAGACUGGACAAAAGUGGCCAUGAGGUUUACCACACCAUAAAUGGGGAAGAGUGCGCAAGUGCCUACGGAGACAAUGUCAAGAAAUCCGCUGCAGCGACUUCAUCGGCAGAUAAACGUUUUGACGUAGUACUUAUGGAUAUGCAAAUGCCGAUAGUCGAUGGACUUACUUCAACAAAGAUGAUCAGAUCAUUCGAAAAAACUAAUCUCGAUCUGUCGCCUCGAGCCAAGCUCAAUGGAAGAGUACCUAUUUUUGCCGUAUCAGCUUCUCUUGUUGAGCGUGAACGGCAAACAUAUAUCGAUGCUGGCUUUGACGGCUGGGUAUUGAAGCCCAUCGACUUCAAACGGCUGAACGUUUUACUAAAAGGCAUUGUUGAUAGUAAAGUUCGAGAUUCGUGCUUGUACCAACCAGGAAAAUGGGAGCGCGGAGGUUGGUUUCAUAAAAUGCAACCGUCAGCAUUGCAAUCCUCAACAUCACCCUCCAACGAAUCGCCAGUACAGAACCCCCCUCAGAAAGGACCAGAACCUCUUCAACCUGAUAAGGAUUCACUUGGCAGUGACACUGGCUCUACAACUCCGAGGGGAGACACAAAGCGGCCAUUGAUAUACGAUGAAAGGCUGGAUGCUACUAACGAGGCUCUCAAUGCUACGGCCGAUAUUGAUGUGGGACCUCACUACAAUCUUUCGACUGCUGAUGAAAGACCUGUGACGGAUGUUAGUACCGAAGGUGACACACCAGCCGUCGAUAACUCUCCUGGAGAGAAUACUGGAGAGAAUACUAAGCCUGAAACUGCCAAUGAUGCAUCAGCUGGUGUUGAUUCUGAACCCACUACCGAAAGCAAUCUUGAAAAGGUUGAUGUCUCAGGUACUGCGGAACCACCGCCUGAUCCCACAAAGGUUGAAGAAUCAACCACAGAAACCACGAAUAAUUCUGAAGUGCCCGAGUCAACAGACUGA